AUGCUAAAUCGCGAGAGCCAGGACCAUAUUGAAUUCCACGAUUUCAAUUAUAUUGAUUACAUGCGACCCAUUAGCAAGCAUCAAGAUAUGCGUACCUCCACUUAUGUCGGUACCAAACGUUUCAAUGAUAACGCGUGUAUGACAAAACUUCAUCCUAAACGUAACGAAUCGCAUCCAUACACCGAUGAUGAGUUCUUAGAGAAAUUUCGUGCUAGUGAUUAUAAAAAUAAUUUCACGUCGAAAGUCCGUGACUCUAGUGCGCUGCGUAAUCCAAAUUUAUCUAAAGAACUUCGUGUCAUUAAACCAUUCUAUGAGAUGAAAUUAAAAUUCCUCAGGCGCCCAAUGUUGCCUGCUAUAAGUGUAACGCAUUCCGACUUCUUAUGGAAUCCGUCACCGCCGAUUGCAAUCUGUGAACCAAUGCCAGCGCUAAUACCAAGUCCAGUUCGAUCUAAUAUUGUUACUGUAAAUCGUAAUGAACACGGCUAUGCAAAAUAUUUGGAUCCGCAAGCCACGACACAGCGUUUGGAUUAUUGCCAUCGCUCGUGUAGAGAUAUCUCUAAGGGCAUCGCUGUCAAUGAUUAUAUAACAUUUUGGAAUUGGAAGGAUAUCGAUUCUCACGCUAAGAAAGUCUCCGUCACCAGUGAUUCUCAGUUAUGCGAUAAAUUUAGAUCGAAGGAUUGCGAAAAGCGUUCGGAAUUGCAGAAUCAACGCAAGCGUGUCCCUAAUUCUGGUAUGACAACGGAAGUACGUGAAAAUUAUUUGAAGCAAAAUUCAUACGAAACUGUUUACGACCGCAAUCGAUUGCGAUAUGAUCAUAAACAUGAAGUGGAUCAGAUGCCCAAGAAAACGGAAUGUGGUAUAUUGGGCAGUGACGAUCAUGCCUUGAAGUUUUUAUAG